AUGACCCUACCUCCGAGGGAGAAUGGGUUGAUGACUACACCGAUGGUGACCACCCUAGUGGAUAUCUGCAGGAUCGCUGCCUGUUGUGCUUUGGUGGAAAGGAGUGCACUAGUCCAGAUCUUCUUUGAAGAGGUUGUGGAUGCUGAAGCAUAUGUCCAUGCGAAGCGACCUGGCACAGCUACCUCCAAGUCUAAUCCUCAGACUGACUUCAAAGAGCCGGGCAUGAAGGUUCCAGUUUCCGCAUUGAAUGACUGCCUUGAUUCAUUCACUGCUGCGGACGAGCAGAGAUCGAAGGCAAGCACCACACUUUUUGCAGACACAGGCCUGAUGGGAUUGCUUUGUCUCCACAACCGUGUCCUCUGGCUGGCCAACAUGACAUCCACAGGUGAACGCCAGUUCUACGCUAUUGUGCUUCUCCUGAAACUCUUCAGUCAUCUUCCCCCGUCUAUGACCGUUGGUUUGCUUUACGACAUUGGGUGCCAGCUGGAGAGGAGUUGUAUCAAGUGGGACCUAUUGGAUGGAUAUCGGGACUGCAUUGUAUGGGGCAUUUCAGUGUUGGAGAAGAAAUAA